CUAAACCCUAAACAAACAAACAAACAAUUCUCGUGUGAAGCCUCCGUCGAAGAUGCCGAUCGAGGUCAUCGACGCCGAAGAGCCGGUCUUCACCGUCGCCGUCGACUACUUCAACGUCCAGACCACCGUCACUUCCAGCGGAGACGAAGUCGAGAUGUGGAUCGACGAAAUCCUCAGAAUCCACCACAGGCGCCUCCACCAACUCGUCGUCGGCCUGGACGUCGAGUGGCGCCCCUCCUACAGCCGCAACCGAAACCCCGUUGCUGUCCUCCAGAUCUGCGUCGGGAUGCGUUGCCUCGUCUUCCAAGUCCUCCACCGAGACUACUUUCCCCAAAAUCUCUUUGACUUCCUCAGCGACCACCGUUUCACGUUCGUCGGCGUCGGGAUCCAAAACGAUGUCGAACUGCUCGUCGAAGACUGGGGUCUCCAAGUGGCUAACACCGUCGACCUCCGUACCCUCGCCGUGGAUAGGAUGCAGCGGCAAGAUCUGAGGAACGCGGGGCUCAAGAAGCUUGCGGAGGAGGUAUUGGGAUUGGUUAUGGAAAAGCCGAGGACGGUCACCAUGAGCAACUGGGAGAGGGGCACGCUCAGUUACGCACAAAUUGCUUAUGCUUGCGCCGACGCCUUCAUCUCGUUCGAAAUCGGGAAGCGCCUCAUCACUGGACAAUUCUGAUUCUUCCGAAAAUGAGGGUAAUGAUCAGAGCCGACUUAGUUUUUGCUACUUUGCUCGAAUGCUCGCCGACCCUUUGUUAAAAUUAGGGUUUUAGGAGGCUUAGUUAGGGUUUUUAGCGCCUCCUCUUGAAUUCUGCAACUGCUUCUUGCAAUUUGCUGGGAUUGCAAAUCGUUGUCUUGCUUUCGUAGUGACUACUGCUGUGGGGGAACGAAUCAGGGUGGCAUUUGUUCUUCCUUACAAGGAUCUUAGUAGUGCUAUUCCCUUUCUAUGUGAAUAACAUGGCUGACCUCAGAAUGCAAAUUGGAAUU